CAUCUCAGUUUGAUAAUGAGGAGUCAGUAAAGUUACUGGGGUCAGACUUGUGGGUUAGAAAGGGUAGUAACAUUAGGAUAGAGUUGUUGCCGUGUGGUAAAGAGGACCGAGUCUGUGACCAGUUGAGGGAUUGGUCUUUCUUUUAUAUGUAUAGCUGUUUGUUUACCGAAUUGGGGGUCAAACUGCCUUUUACCGAAUUUGAAUGUGGGGUCUUAUACUGGUUGAACUGCGCCCCUACCCAGCUGCACCCGAAUUCUUGGGGUUUUGUACGGGCUUUCGAGGUAUUGAUGGGGUUAUUAGAUUACCCCCCUUCUCUGAGGCUUUUCUUCUCGUUGUUUCAAGCUAAGGGGGUGGGACGUGGGUUAUGGGUAAAUCUUAGUAGUUAUCCGCGUCGGGCUAUCUUUGGUCUGUAUAAAUCUUCUUUUAAGGAUUUUAAGUCGAUGUUUGUUAAGGUGAGGAGUGUGCCCGAGGAGUUUCCCUUCUAUUUGAAUGAGCACUUGGUCGAAAAGUUCCCCUUGUCUUGGUGUCCCGAACCUUAUCAGGUAUUAGACGUAGAUGAUAGGCAUCCAGAUGAUGAUAUUAUGAUGAGCUUUUUAUUUAAAUCAUUGGGUCCGAAGGGGUUGUUAUCGAUUGCCGAGAUGUUGAAAUGGGAUACUAAUAGACAGGCUGUUUAUGAUCACAUAGGUAACGUAAUUUGCCAUGCUUCUGUCUUUCCUUUAUAAGGUGCUCCUUCUGGUUUUUAUUUGCUUGUUUUUGUUUUGCAGCCGAGAGGGCUCCUGCCAUUACAACCGCGGGCCUGAAAUCUUUCUUCAAUCAGCGCAAGAAAGGUGAAAAGGAGGUGUCUUCGAAUGCUGGAAAAGGUGUAGCUGCCUUGAUUCAUCCUGGGCCGAAACAUAAGAGGAAGAGGGGACAAGCCCAGGGCAGCCUUGCCGAGGUUUUGGAGGGUAAGGGGGAGUCUUCUAUGAUUUUGGAGAAGGUUGAGUCUGCAUAUGAGUCGCAGAAAAGGCUUCACGGUUAUGACGAGAAUGAGCACGCUAGGUCUCUGUGGGCAAAGUUGUAUCCUUUCAGUACUAUGGCUGACGAACUGUGUUGUUUUCCGGACGAUAUGAAAAUGAUUGAGGAAGUCGGCCGAGCUGGUGUUAGUCGGUUUCUGCAGGUGAUUGGUGCUCGGAUUGUUGCCAUUGGCCGAGCACAGGAGCUUGCCCUGGAUCGGGAGCAGAUGGAAGCUUCCCGUGUAGAAGAGCUGUCUGGGAUCAUUCAGGAAAAAGAUCAGAAAAUCGCUGAGCUUGUUGCUUCUAUGGAGAAAAAGGAGUUGGAGUUGGCCGAUGAGAAAAAACUUCAAAAGUCUUUGUCUGAAAAAUUGAAGGUUGUGGAAUCUGAGAACGAUCAGCUCUCUGCUAGGGUCAAAGAGUUGGAAGGAGGAGUUUAUGAGGCUUUUGCCCAAGGGUUUGACCGUGCUGUUUCCCAAGUCAAGGUGGUGUGUCCGGAAGCUGAUCCUUCAAAACUUGAUGUCAUGAAAGUGGUUGUUAACGGUGAACUUGGGCCGAGCUUAAGCACUUCCGAGUGA